GCGGGCGCGUGAAUCAGGCCGGGCGGGCCGCGCAGGGAGUGGCUGCCGGACCGACCGGACCGCGAGGCCGCUGGGCGGCGGUCGGCUCCUGCUGCCCCUGUGCCGAGACCCCGCACACCUGGCCAGCUGGGACCCUGCCUCACCCUCGUCCCAAGGGCACCACCAGGCAAAGCCAGGACAGCUUUUCCUGGGGUAUCUGGGCCAGGUAGCCUCCGGGGCUGGCGGACUCCGGGGUACACAGGAGCACACCCCAGCACCCAUCGCCACGCCGUGCCCAGCGGUCGGGGAAGCCGGGCAGGACAGCUGGCAGGAUGGUGCCCAGUCCUGAGCCUGCCGUCCCCAGGCAAGCCCCUGGCCCCAACAUGGCCCGUCGCUCGCAGAGCUCCUCGCAGGGGGACAACCCGCUGGCGCCCGGGUACCUGCCCCCCCAUUACAAGGAGUACUACCGCCUGGCAGUGGACGCGCUGGCCGAGGGCGGGCCAGAGGCCUACAGCCGCUUCCUGGCGUCCGAGGGGGCCCCGGACUUCCUGUGCCCCGAGGAGCUGGAGCACGUGAGCCGUCACCUGCGGCCCCCCCAGCAUGCUGCCCGGGAGCCCCCCGAGGGCACCCCUCCCGACGUGGACAUGGACGGCUCCUCAGGCACCUACUGGCCUGUGAACUCGGACCAGGCUGUGCCCGAGCUCGACCUGGGCUGGCCCCUAACCUUCGGCUUCCAGGGCACCGAGGUGACCACGCUGGUGCAGCCGCCGCCGCCGGACAGCCCCAGCAUCAAGGACGAGGCCCGCAGGAUGAUCCGCUCCGCCCAGCAGGUGGUGGCCGUGGUGAUGGACAUGUUCACAGACGUGGACCUGCUGGCUGAGGUGCUAGAGGCCGCGGCGCGCCGCGUGCCCGUCUACAUCCUGCUGGACGAGAUGAACGCACACCACUUCCUGGACAUGGCGGACAAGUGCCGGGUCAACCUGCACCACGUGGAUUUCCUGCGCGUGCGCACAGUGGCAGGCCCCACCUACUACUGCCGCACCGGGAAGUCCUUCAAAGGCCACGUGAAGGAGAAGUUCCUGCUGGUAGACUGCGCCGUGGUGAUGAGCGGCAGCUACAGCUUCAUGUGGUCCUUCGAGAAGAUCCACCGCAGCCUGGCGCACGUGUUCCAGGGCGAGCUGGUCUCCAGCUUCGACGAGGAGUUCCGCAUCCUCUUCGCGCAGUCGGAGCCGCUGGUGCCCUCGGCCGGGGCCCUGGCCCGCAUGGACGCCUACGCCCUGGCCCCCUAUGCUGGGGCCGGGCCGCUCAUGGGGGUCCCUGGAGUCGGGGCACCGACCCCCUUCUCCUUCCCCAAACGCGCGCACCUCCUGUUCCCGCCGCCCCGGGAGGAGGGCCUGGGCUUCCCCUCCUUCCUGGACCCCGACCGGCAUUUCCUGUCGCCCUUCCGCCGCGAGGAGCCGCCGCGGAUGCCCGGGGGCGCGCUGGAGCCGCACUCGGGCCUGCGGCCGGGCGCCGAGCUGGGGGGCACGCGGGGCUUCUUCCAGGCGCGGCACCUGGAGGUGGACGCCUUCAAGCGGCACAGCUUCGCGGCGGCUGACGGCGCGGGCGCCGUGGAGAACUUCGCGGCGGCGCGGCAGGUGUCGCGGCACACGUUCCUCCACGGUGACGACUUCCGCUUCCAGACCAGCCACUUCCACCGCGACCAGCUCUACCAGCAGCACUACCAGUGGGACCCGCAGUGCGCGCCCACGCGCCCGCAGGGCCUGUUCGAGAAGCUGCGCGCUGGCCGCCCGGGCUUCCCCGACCACGAGGACCUGGCCCUGGGCGCGGGGCCGCGCUUCCCGGAGCUCGGCCCCGACGGGCACCAGCGGCUGGAGUACGUGCCGUCCAGCGCCUCGCGAGAAGUGCGCCACGGCUCCGACCCCGCCUUCGGGCCAGGGCCCCGCGGCCUGGAACCCGGCGGGGCCCCGCGCCCCAACCUGAGCCAGCGCUUCCCGUGCCAGUCCGCUGCGAAGCAGGGCCUGGACACCAGCACGGAGCCGGAGCCGGAGCGCAGGGGCGGGCCCGAGGGGCGCGCCGGGUUGCGGCAUUGGCGCCUGGCGUCAUACCUGAGCGGCUGCCACAGUGACAGCGCCGGCGACGAGGGCCUGCCCACGCCCAUGGACGCCGAGGACUACGACGAUGACGUGCUGGCGCCCGGCGGCCGAGACCCGCUCCCGGUGGCCUUCCGCGCCCCGGCGGCCGUGGCAUCCAGGGGCCCAGCGCCAGGUUCUGGCGGCGGCGGCGGCGACAGUUCCCAGCGCGAGGGCGCCGAGGAGGCGGCCCUGGCCAUGCAGGACUCCUUCCGCUCCCGCCUCAACCCGCUCAUCCAGCGCAGCUCGAGGCUGCGGUCCUCGCUGAUCUUUGCGUCGCAGGCCGAGGGCGCAGGGGGCACAGCCGCGGCCACCACGGAGAAAGUGCAGGUGGUGCACAAGGAGCAGACGGUCAGCGAGACCCUGGGGCCCGGCGGCGAGGCCGUGCGCUCCGCCGCCUCCGCCAAGGUCGCCGAGCUGCUGGAGAAGUACAAGGGCCCAGCGCGCGACGCUGGCGGCGGCGUCACCGUGGCCAGCCACAGCAAGGCUGUGGUGUCCCAGGCGUGGCGGGAAGAGGUGGCCGGGGGCGAGCGCCGCAGCCUUGAGAGCUGUCUGCUUGACCUGCGCGACUCGUUCGCUCAGCAGCUGCACCAGGAGGCCGAGCGGCAGCCGGGCUCCGCGGCGGUCACGGCCACUCAGCUGCUGGACACGCUGGGCCGCGGCGGCGCGGACCGCCUGCCCUCCCGCUUCCUCUCUGCCCACGGCCGCUCCACCUCCCCGCAGGGGCGUGGCAGCCCCCCACCAGAGGGGCCAGGUGCACACCAGGCCCCCCAUCCUGAGCCAAAAGGGAGCCCCACCGCUGCCUACCCAGAGCGGAAGGGCAGCCCCACCGCCGCCUACCCAGAGCGGAAGGGCAGCCCCACGGCCGCCUACCCAGAGCGGAAGGGCAGCCCCACCGCCGCCUACCCGGAGCAGAAGGGCAGCCCCACGGCCGUGGUUCCCGAGCGCAGGGGCAGCCCCGUACCCCUGGUGCCCGAGCGCAGGGGCAGCCCCGUGCCCCCGGUGCCCGAGCGCAGGGGCAGCCCCGUGCCCCCGGUGCCCGAGCGCAGGGGCAGCCCCGUGCCCCCGGUGCCCGAGCGCAGGGGCAGCCUCACCCUCGGCUUCUCUGGGGACGCUCCAAAGGCGGGGCCCCUGGAGGAGGCUGCGGGCGGCCCCAUGGAAGUCCUGCGCAAGGGCUCCCUGCGCCUCAGGCAGCUGCUGAGCCCCAAGGGCGAGCGGCGGGCAGAGGACGAGGGCGGCUUCCCGGCGCCGGCGCCGCAGGAGAACGGGCAGCCCGAGAGCCCCCGGCGGCCGUCCCUGGGCCGGGGUGACAGCACAGAGGCUGCUGCGGGCGACGAGAAGGGCCCGCGGGCGCGCCUGGCCUCGGCCACGGCCAACGCCUUGUACAGCAGCAACCUACGGGACGACACCAAGGCCAUCCUGGAGCAGAUCAGCGCCCACGGCCAGAAGCACCGUGGCGGCCCGGCCCCGGGCCCAGGCGCAGCCCACAGCAGCCCCGAGCUCGGCCGCCGCCCGACCGCCGGCGGCCUGGCCCCCGACAUGUCCGACAAGGACAAGUGCUCGGCCAUCUUCCGCUCGGACAGCCUGGGCGCGCAGGGCCGGCUGAGCCGCACGCUGCCCGCCAGCGCGGAGGAGCGCGACCGGCUCCUGCGGCGCAUGGAGAGCAUGCGCAAGGAGAAGCGCGUGUACAGCCGCUUCGAGGUGUUCUGCAAGAAGGAGGAGGCGGGCGGCCUGGGGCCCGCGGAGAGCCCGGCGGAGGAGGAUGCCAGGGACAGCAAGGUGGGCAAGUUCAUGCCCAAGAUCCUGGGCACGUUUAAAGGCAAGAAGUGAGCUUGCGGCGCCGGCCGGGGUGCAGGGAGCGCCCUGUCCUCGAGCCGGUGCCCGCCUGGCGCUCAGUGGGUGGCCUCUCCGCCUGGGGGCUUGGACCCCGCACUGCCUGGUGCCUUUCUCCCUGCAGCUUCUCUCCUGGGGCUGCCUCCAGCUCCCCUGGGGGCUCGUCCCUCCCGGGCCUCCGUCCUCAGGGACCUCUCCGUACCUCAGUCCCCCUCUCCGCGGGCUUGUGUUCUCAGGGCUCCCCUCUCACUGCCCCGGCUCUGUGCCCCCUCGCUGCCACUGCCCUCCUCGGCCCAUCCUCAGGCCUCUUCUGUCGAUUCCAUUGGCUCCCCUGUCCCCUCGCUGCCCCCAGCGUCUUUCUGGGUGGCCCAGCCUCUUGCUGCGACCAAGGCUGCCCCUCUUGUGCUGGGUGCUGGGUGGGGUGGGCCACUGGGAAAAGAGGUGCUGGAGACCCCCAAGGGGCUGCCCACGGUGCCAGCAAAAGGAGCAGGUGCACUGGGCGUUGCGGCGCAAUAAAACGUGAUCU